AACGCAUCGCUGUUAACAGUUCAAGUACCAUUUUACAGUGAGGUAUUGCAUUAAGUCGGCGAAAAUUAAGUUCGUAUGAGUCAUCCAGCUCAACGUAACGUUUUAUCAAGUUAACCAAGAAACGAACAACAAAAACCAAGCACUUAUACAAGACGUCGGCAAGGGGUUGAUAGCGUCGUGCUUUUCGCAAAUUUCGCAGUAAAUCGCCGGCAAUGGCGUCCUCAAAUUUGGAAUCAGAAAUGCAACGCAGUCGCUCACCGCUCGAAUCCGUUGCUGAAGAGACUGAAGGAUAUCGUCCGAUUCCGGUCACUCCACAGACCGACUUAACGAGGAUACAGCUCCUCGUCGAGGACAGCAACCUGCAAUCUCUUACACCGACACUGGAGGCAGCGUUACGCCAUUUCAUCGCCAAUUAUCCUCGACCCGUCGCAGAGAUUAGCAAAAAUGAUCUGAUAAGGGUUGUUAUCUACGUAGUGGCGCUUGAAACGGGCCUCACACCACGGAACUGCCCAAUGCCAUCGUUUGGCAAGUCCAAGAUGCCACAGGUGUACCGAUCGUUCGACAAACGGCUUGUACACCACUUUGGUACUCAACUGUCGGUCGAUAGUUUCGCAAGCCAAUCGAAUUUAUACUCGAUGGAUCUCUGCUUGAUGCCGAUUCGUGUCGAUGAGAAUAAUUAUUUUGGCUGCAAGCUCACCUCUCUCGUUAGUGGCGAUUUGCUAAUCGUUAGUCUCGUCCCCGCCGGUGUUGUCCCCAUUAACAGUGGGUUCAGCGUUGCCCUUCCCAUCAGUCGAUAUGUGCCGUUGGUGAACACUGAGCGCCUAGCGGUUUGCUUUCAGCGGCUGAAAGAAUUGUCGUAUAGAUUAAAAACGGAGGUGUUCGUGCCUUUCCGGAACAACAUACAUCAUACAUGCCUUACCUACGGCUAUCCUUCAUUAAUUGGGUUACCGGUUGACAUACAUUUAGAACUGACCAAAUACUUGGACGGAUACUGUUUUGAACACUUAAGAGCCAGCUGUCCAUACUAUGGGUGCAACAAUGAAUGGACCGUGCGUUUAAAUUUUGUUUUCUAAAAUCAGAAUUUACGCCCGCUGAUAGAGCAGUCGUCACUUACCGGCCAUGGUUUCGAUUCUCGGUACCGGCCCGUAAAAACAGCACCAGAGAAAGCAUCAGAAACUAACAUAUUGUCUUAACGGACCUCUUAACGGUUGUUCCCGUAGAAGCGGAAGAAAAUCGGAAUAAAUUUCACUUGUAUAUUGUAAUAUAUUGGGUUUAGAUUAGCUUGGUUUUGUUGCUUAAGGCGAAUAAUGCGA